AUGACAAUGUCGGAGGACCAAAGAAGCCUUGAAGCAGGGUUGUUACUGAACAAGAACAGAAACGACAUCAACGAGUGUCGUAUCACUGCGGUUGUGCUCUUCAGCACCUUUGUAUCUGUUUGUGGCUCUUUCUGCUUUGGUUGUGCGGCAGGUUAUUCAUCAGUUGCUCAAACAGGGAUCACAACAGAUUUAGGUCUCUCUGUUGCACAAUACUCCAUGUUUGGGUCACUAAUGACUUUUGGAGCCAUGUUUGGUGCCAUCUUUAGUGGGAAAGUCUCAGAUCUCAUUGGAAGAAAAGGGACAAUGUGGUUUGCUCAAGUUUUCUGCAUAGCCGGUUGGCUUGCAAUAGCAUUUUCUCAGGACACAAUUUGGCUAGAUGCUGGAAGGUUUUCCACUGGAUUUGCAGUUGGUUUAUUCAGCUAUGUGCUGAUGCAAAGUUGUGGGUUGUCAUUAUACUAUGUCAUUGGAAACUUUGUUCAUUGGCGUAAUUUGGCUUUAAUCGGUUUAAUUCCAUGUGCUUUGCAAGUUGUGACUUUGUUCUUCAUUCCAGAGUCCCCUAGAUUACUGGGAAAAUGGGGACGUGAAAAAGAAUGUAAAGCUUCAUUGCAGCUUCUCCGUGGAGAUGAAGCUGAUGUCUCUGAAGAAGCCAACGCUAUCAAAGAAACCAUGUUGUUGUUUGAUCAAGGACCUAAGUCUCGGAUUAUGGAUUUAUUCCAGAGGAGAUAUGCUCCAUCUCUUGUUAUUGGUGUGGGGCUAAUGCUUCUACAACAGCUUUCCGGAAGCGCAGGGGUUAUGUUAUAUGUUGGUAGCGUAUUUGAUAAAGGAGGAUUUCCAAGCAACAUUGGCUCAAUGAUUCUUGCAGCUAUCAUGAUACCAAAAGCUUUAUUGGGUCUGAUUUUGGUUGAGAAAAUGGGACGAAGGCCGCUUCUACUGGCAUCUUCUAGUGGAAUGUGCCUUUCUUGCUUGCUUCUUGCAUUUUCCUUCAGCUUCCGGACAUAUGGCAUGCUCUAUGAGCUAACUCCUGUUUUAACAUGCAUUGGUGUAGUGGGCUUCAUCUCUGCAUUUGCCGUAGGGAUGGGAGGCUUACCAUGGAUUAUGAUGUCUGAGAUUUUCCCAAUGAAUGUUAAAGUUUCAGCUGGGACUCUUGUUACCUUAGCCAACUGGUCCUUUAGUUGGAUUAUAGCUUUCGCCUUCAACUUCAUGAUAGAAUGGAACGCAUCAGGAACGUUCUUGAUCUUCUUUAGUGUCUGCGCUGCGGGGAUGAUCACUUGA